UCAGUAGAGGAAGAACGCGGAGACGUCACAUUGGAGAGAUGCAACCAACAGUAGCUGCUUCACCACUAAUCACACAACAUUAACAUAACUAGCUAGUACAAGCUAACAUAGCCUGCUACAUAAUUCGCCUGUGAAAUAUCAUACAUCCGGAAUUGCAAAUCUGCAAGAAACAAACGAAAUAUCCAUAAACGGUGGUAAACGGAAAUCAACAAUAACGGCCGUACACAGUUAUCGUGGCUUCUUCUUGCAUCCAACUGGCAGGCUAUUUUGGCAAGCUAGCCAACGAUAGCAAACUCUGCCUUGGCUAGCGUCAGGCUAGCGUCAGGCUAGCCAGCUAGCUAGCUAGCUAGCUACUAACGUCGCUAACGGUAGUAACGUUAAGCUAGCUAGCGAGCUGUAGUGACUUGCGUCAUGGAUGAACUAGUCGUGGAAGUGAGGGGAACAAGUGGGGCCUUUUAUAAGGCCUUUGUGAAGGAUGUCCACGAAGGAUCCGUCACCGUGGCAUUUGAAAACAAUUGGCAGCCAGAGCGUCAAAUCCCGUUCCAGGAUGUUCGUUUUCCUCCCCCAACAGGACUCUGCAAGGAGAUAAAUGAGAGCGAUGAAGUUGAGGUAUAUUCCAGGGCUAAUGACAAGGAGCCAUGUGGAUGGUGGCUGGCCAAGGUUCGCAUGGUCAAAGGAGAGUUUUACGUAAUAGAGUACGCUGCAUGCGACGCUACAUUAAAUGAGAUAGUGACGCUGGAGCGGUUACGGCCGGUCAACCCCAAUAAACCAGCCACCAAAACCACCUUCAUCAAGAUCCGACUGGAUGUACCCGAGGAUCUCCGACAGAUGUGCUCCAAGGAAUCAGCACACAAAGACUUUAAAAAGGCCGUGGGAGCUUUCAAUGUCACCUACGACUCAGAGAAAAAGCAGCUGGUCAUUUUGUCUGUGAAUGAGGUCACAACAAAGCGGGCCAACAUGAUGAGCGACAUGCACUUCAGGAGCCUCCGCACCAAACUGUCACUCAUGCUGAGGAACGAAGAGGCAAACAGACAACUGGAGAGUUCCAGGCAGCUGGCAUCAAGGUUUCACGAACAGUUUGUGGUUCGGGAUGAUCUAAUGGGUCUGGCCAUCGGGACCCACGGGGCCAACAUUCAGCAAGCACGCAAAGUCCCGGGAGUCACUAACAUAGACCUGGACGAGGAGACGUGCACCUUUCACAUAUACGGAGAGGACCAGGACGCUGUCCGCAUAGCGAGGAGUUUCUUGGAGUUCUCUGAAGAUGUCAUCAAAGUUCCCCGGAACUUAGUAGGGAAGGUGAUUGGCAAAAACGGCAAACUGAUCCAGGAAGUAGUUGAUAAGUCUGGGGUGGUUCGGGUUCGCAUUGAGCCUGAGAAUGACAAAAAGCCCUCAGCAGUCGCAGCGGCAGCAGCAGACGAUGGACUGGUGCCAUUUGUAUUUGUGGGGACCAAGGAAAGCAUCUCCAAUGCUACAGUACUGCUGGACUAUCACCUCAACUACCUGAAGGAGGUGGAUCAGCUUCGUCUGGAGCGUCUCCAGAUCGACGAGCAGCUGAGACAGAUAGGAGGCGGAGGGGGAGGAGGAGGGACAGGGCCCCGAACCCUCAAAGACAAAACCUACGUGUUCGAUAAUGGCAUGGGCCUGGGCAUGGGGAGAGGAGCAGGGGGUGGUGGAGGAGGAGGAGGGAAGCCCUACGGAGGAGGGGGAGGAAGAGGUGGCAGAGGGCGAAGAGGAGGAGGCGCUGCUUUCGCCUCAGGCACCAACUCGGAGGCAUCCAACGCUUCAGAGACGGAGUCGGACCACAAAGACGAGCUCAGCGAUUGGUCACUGGCCCCCACCGAGGAGCUGAUGACAGGAGGCGGGACCCUGCCCAGAAGGACAGAUGGGAGGAGGAGAGCAGGCGGAGGAGGGAUGCGUGGACGAGGGGGGAGAGGAAGAGGAGGAGGAGGGGGGUAUAAAGGUGAUGACAUGCAGUGGAGCGAGCCAAGGCCUCGGCAUGUCAGAGAUCCCAAGACAAGAGCGCAGGAAGACACUCUACAGAUCCGUGUGGACGGUAACGAGCGCAGCGUGCAGCACUCCUCGGGGGGGCGGGGAGGAGGGCCUUCCUCAUCCCAGGGCGGCGUCGGUGCCGGCGGCGAGGGCCCAUCUCGCCAUUACCAUCCGAGACCCAUCAGAGACCGAGGGAUGAAGAAGGACAAACAGGACGCUCCUCUGCUGGUGAACGGAGUGUCGUAGAUACACCACUGGAGGACCGUCUCACUUAGACACACACACACACACACACACACACACACACACACACACACACACACACACACACAGGCAACUCGUCAUAAACAUCGUAGAAUCUCUCUCGCUUUUUCUUUCUCUGUCUUUGUCAAACACACGAAUACACAUAUUUCAUCAGCAUGGAAGAGUUUACUGUAGUGAAGUCGUAGACCAGAGACGAUCUGGUAUCUGCUGGUCUGCUCUGUUGAGGUCUGUCGAGUGCACUGGUCUGGUUUGUUCCUGACUCUUCGGGGAUCUCCUGUUCUUCUCUGGAGUGACAAAUAAAAGAAACCGUACUUUUUGGACAUUAAGGAAAAGAAGAGGAGGGAUUUGACUAAAGCUCAUCUCUCACAGAAGCAUUAACCCCAAACAUGCUCCCCUAACACAUCAAAGGCAAAUCAUUGUUUACACGUUUUUUUUAAACUAAAUUGGAUGAUUUCAUUUUUUUCCCUACUGCCCUGUUUGGACUUUCUCACACCAGAACAAAUCAAGGGAAUAAUUGGUUGACAUGGACACACUGCAAUAUGAAAUAUGUGUUCCCUCCCUCCUGCUGUACGCUUUAAACAUAUUUUUUACUGCAGAUGUUUAUUGUAGAGAUGAUCUGACAGCACAAUUUUAGAGGGGUGGCUGCAGUGUUUCCCACUGGUUGAGAAUUCAUUUUUGGUGGUCUAAAAGCUCCAAAACGCAACACUUGGGAGUCAGCUGCAACACAGCACCGUGUUUAUAAUACAACUAUACUGUGUAGCGGAGUCAUUUAGCGUCUUUCAGGUGCAUCUCCGCAGAGACUUUUGAAUCUUCCUUCGAUAAUACAAAAUCUUUUUUUCACAUAUGAGAAAAAACGCAGAGCUUUCAUGCUGGGAGAAUAUGUUUGAAGAGGGCACGUUUUUUUUUGUUUUGGGAUAGUCAUUUGAACCCUGGUCCCCAUUUUGACAAGUCAAAACCUGCCUUUGGGAUCGGCGCAGUGGAGAGGAGUUCAAAGAGUCCGGAUGAAAUGCCAACAGGCAUGCACGGGCAACGCAAUUGCCAAGAAUGCUUACCUCGUUGUUUUAAGUCAUCUGUGUUUCGUUUCCUCUUGCUAAGAUGAUGCAAAAUUCAUUCAGUCUCUUGGGACUGUCAGACCAAGCACGAAUUCAACAAGGUAUUAGACGUACCGAUGGGGAAGCAUAAAUCUGAGGCACUCUGAUGCAAAUGUUAAAUAGCUUAGCUCCUAAGAGUCUUCAACAGGGUACAACGUGUCAUGCACUGCUGUUAUUUUUCAAAUGAACUACAUGUCGAAAUGGAAAAAUGACCAGGCCAACAGUGACUGGGAAUCCACAUUAAAAGCAAGAUGCGGGCGUUUGACGUGGAGAUUGCGUCUGUAGUAAGCGCUGCCGAAGCGUUCAGUCCAUUCGGUCCGCACCGCUCGGUUCGGCCAUCUUUAAGCUCAGAACCAUCGGUCUGUCAGCAGCAGCUUCUGAGAUGCUGUAAAGGACAGCUACCGGCCAAACUGUCUUUACAACUGUCCGUUGUUCCCAGCAGCAUUGGACGAUCGACGACUCUCCCAAUGCUCCUUUAUCUCAUAGACCUGUUUACACGCCCUGUACCAGACUGGUGAGAGCCUUUUCAACCUCAACAGUGGGAUAUUUCACAGAGAGGGCUUAGGCCGUAAGCCAGACUUCCUUUGCUUAGUUCCUCACUCAUAUUUAACAAAUCACUCUCGGAGGAUGCCGGUGAAAUAAUUACGGUUACUUUUGCUUUCAGACAAACCUGAUUAGGUUGCAGAAUUAAGGCGGCAACAUCGUGAAUGUAGAACCUGAUCACAUGAGCUUUUCUUUAAUUUAUGAAAACCUUUGUAUUUAACCUUUUUUUGUUUGUUUCGCAGUUAGAAAACCUGUUUGAAGUAUUACUGUAGAAGAAACGACGUUUCGUUGAUACCUUGACAAAAUAAAAAUUUGCUGUAAGUUUUA